CUGUGAUUGACAUGCCAGUUCCUGCCAGCUACAAUGACAUCACACAAGAUGCCACACUGAGAGAUUUUAUUGGCUGGGUGUGGUAUGAGCGAGAGGUGAUGAUACCUGCCCACUGGAUCAAAAAUGGAGGCACACGAGUGGUCCUCAGAGUGGGAAGUGCUCAUUAUUAUUCAAUAGUGUGGGUGAACGGUGUAAAAGUGACAGAACAUGAAGGUGGUCAUCUUCCUUUUGAGGCUGAGAUCAACAGCGUGCUACAGGAGACCCCCACCAUGCCAUGCAGGAUCACCAUUGCUGUCAACAACACUCUGAGUCUACAGACUCUUCCUCCAGGCAGCAUCCAGUACAUGACUGACCGGACCAUGUAUCCUGAAGGUUUUUUUGUGCAAAACACCAACUUUGAUUUCUUCAACUAUGCUGGAAUACACCGUCCUGUUCUCCUGUAUACCACUCCUAAGGCCUAUGUGGACGACAUCACCGUGGUUACAGACUUCUUCGAUAAGACAGGAUUUGUCAGAUACAAUGUAUCAGUCAAGGGGGCAACCAUGGCUUCUGUGACGGUCACUUUGAUAGACAAGAAGGGCCACUGUGUAGUUUCCUCCAAUACAUCAUUUGGAGUGCUUAAAGUGGCAGAUGUUAAGCUGUGGUGGCCAUACUUGAUGCACGAGAUUCCAGGUUUUCUGUACACGAUGGAGGUUCGUCUCAUGGCUGAAUCAUCAUCUGAAGAUGUUUAUACUCUACCAGUUGGCAUCCGCACGGUUAAAGUGACCAGCACCCAGUUUCUCAUCAACAACAAGCCUUUUUAUUUCCAUGGGGUCAACAAGCAUGAAGACUCUGAUAUUCGUGGUAAAGGUUUAGACUGGCCUCUAAUUGUGAAGGACUUUAACCUAUUGAAGUGGCUGGGGGCCAACUCAUUCCGCACAAGCCACUAUCCCUAUGCUGAGGAGAUCCUGCAGAUGUGUGAUCGUCACGGCAUUGUAGUGAUAGAUGAAUGUCCAGGAGUGGGUAUCAAAGACAUUCGCAGUUUUGGGAAUGCAUCUUUGGCCCAUCAUCUAGUUGUCAUGGAUGAGCUUGUACACCGGGACAAGAAUCAUCCCUCUGUGGUGAUGUGGUCUGUAGCCAAUGAGCCCGCUGCAGAGAUGCCCCCUGCUGAACUUUAUUUUAAGUGAGUACUAAUGAGUUUUGUUCUCACCUGAAGAUCUGACGCUCUGAAU